AUGGAGCACCACGAUAGCGAUUCUUCUCCCGUCUCGAGCGAUUCACCGGCGCCGCAUUUUCCCAUUAGCAGGAGAGUUGGGGCUUUCUCCGAUCCGGGAGGAUCCGCCGUCGACAGAGAGGAGGGGGAGGCCAAGGCGAGGGGGAGCAGGGGACUGGGAGUCCCGGUGUACGUUGCUAACGUGGGAGAGGGAUCCAGCGGGACCAAGAGGACCAUCUGGAGCUCGGACGAGUGCGUCGCGCUGGCGAAGGCAUGGAUCAGUGUGGUUGAGGAUCCAUACGUCGGGGCGAACCAGCACAUCGACCGGAUAUGGUGGCGCAUUAGCCAGAGCUACAUCCAGUUCAAACCGCCAACGGGGAAGCCCCACAACUCGGAGCAAUGCCGGAAACAGUGGGAUCGGUUGAAGAUGCCACUCAGCCGAUUUGUCAGCAUUUACACAAACAACCUCCGCUCGGCAACCAACGGCAUGUCGGCCGAGGAUGUGAAGCUGUUGUCUCAACAGAUGUUCCCCGACCCCGAAAAGCGCCUCGGGGAAUUCAAAUAUUGGGAUGUAUAUCUCGCGGUUCAUGAUUCGCCCAAGUUCACUGCGGGUGUGGAAUCCGGCUGGCCGAAGUGGACGAGGAUCAGCGCAUCCAGAGAGUACAGCAGCAGUGCUGGUUCCGCUGAACUCUCCCCGGCGAGGCAGAGUUCCCCACUCCCACAUCGUCGGCCCGCUGCCGUCGCCUGA